UAUUCGGGAACUUCUUAUUGUUUAUUAUUUUUCUGUGUAAAAUCCAAUAAUGAAAAUUUAGAAUUGCCGUGUUUUUUGUUUAGGAUAAGGUUUUCAUGUACCGUUGAGUUUUGUGUCACUGUUCACAAAAAUGGAGUGAUCAAAGUGUGUCGAAAGGACCGGUUGCGAAAAUGUCUGUCCCUGACGAUCAGGACGAUUUCAUAUUUCGUCCACAGCAGCAUUUAGACGCCAAAUGGCUGAACCCUGACUUGCAAGAGGCGUUGCACAAUCCAGAGGCUUUGUGCACUUUGUUCAACAGUCUUCUGCAGGACAGAGAGAUAUACUUCGAGGCCGGAAACGGUCUCGUAAAUGGUGCUGGUGUUACUGCAAAACUUGGGGACAGCGGCAAAUACUACUGCGGUCUGAGGAUCUUGACUUGCACUUGUUGUGAUGGUCUGUGCGGUCCUCACUCAGGGUGCGCGUGCGCACCCUGUUCCGCAUUGUCAGCUGAAGAGGAGCUCAGGGUAUCCAUCCAAUCAAAACUGGUAGCACCAUCACCUUCUGUCCAAGUUAUAGAUGACUUAAAAUGGAAGCAAGACCCUGGUCCAGAGUGUCUUCAAAGCCUGUUGGAGGCUCUGGUAUGGGAGCAGAGAGUGCGAGCCAUCAAUACUGCAGUCAGUUGCCCUUACAUCUCACAGAUCAGAAGGCUUAUAGUCCUUUGCAAUAGACAUCUAGUUGCUGUUAUUAGGGAUCAAAACAACCAUAGGGAAGUGAAGCGCAUCAAGGUAGAAAAGAAACCAGCUCACGGCGUUAGUAAUAGAGCACUUAGCACAUUGAACAAGCCAAUAGAACUUAGUACAGAGAGCCAAGAGGAUUCUGAGGAGCCAACUGAUGAUUCUGAAAGCGCUCUAGGCCUAGCCCGAGUCGGCGCUCGCGCAGCGUUGCGUCUGGCACUAUCGCUAGUACGUCGUGCAUGGCGUUGUGGAGAAGAUGCGGACGUAUGUUCAGCGCUGCUCCGCGACGCAUUGGAUGCCGUACGAGCCUUGCCUGACGCAGCGUUGUUUGCAGGCGCGGGCGCAGCACAACAAGCGCCUCGCUCGCAAAAGAUAUGGGCGGAGGUUGUCGAUAGCGCCGCUAAAUUCUUACAUCAAGUUGUGGCCGGGGAAGUAGGUUGUAAUGUUCCACUUGGGGACUGGAGAACAUCGUUAUGCGUAUGGGUGGAGUUGUGUGCGAGACGGGCCGAAUUACCGGCGUUAUUGAAGGCAGCUGAUGUACUAGUCACCCUCCCGCCACGGCAGAAACGGCAGCCUGAUAAUAGGAUAACAUUAGAAGAAUGCACCGCACCGCUAGGACCUUUCCUGAGACGUAUGGCAAAGGUAGCAGCGCCCAACCCGAUUGUCAACACUGAACCAUCCACCGAGAUCAAUCCUUCAAAGAUAUUUUUAAAAGAACUAAACAUCCCGAGCGGUGACGGUUUAAUGGAAGUACGAAAGGCUGGUAUUGCUUUACUGUGUCACUUGGACAGGUUGGGUGCACCAUUGCUACCACCAUUGAAGGGGUUCGUCACUUGUACGGAAUCCGCGCAAGAAGUAGUGUCUGUAGGCUCGGGGCCUCUGCACUUGGGUGCUCUAAGGAUCCAGCAAAUAUCGUGCGCCGAGAAACUGGCCUUACUUCUGACACAUGACGGCGCUGUGUACACACUGCCUUAUGAUACUAUGACCCCGCAGUUGGUGCCAGGUCUAGAAAGCAAGACAAUAACGCAAGUGGCGUGCCACUCCAUCGGUCGUCACUUCCUGUGCUGCUCCGCGUGUGGCGGCGUGUGGUCAUGGGGUGCGGGGGAAGAUGGUCGCUUAGGACACGGAGACACGGCGCCCAGGGACGCACCAGCCGCUAUACACCACCUCGCGCAUCAUGAGGUCAUCAGAGUGGCUGCUGGACCCGCUUGCAGUGCAGUGAUGACGUCUCGUGGAGCGUUAUACACAUGGGGUAGAGGCGCACAUGGACGUCUCGGACAUGGCACCAUUGAAAACUGUCUUACUCCGCAACCUGUAUCAUUCCACGCGCAUAACAUCGAACGAGUCAUCGAUAUUGCAUUAGGGUGGGGUGAAAGUCAAACGCUGUGCUGCACAUGGGAGGGCGCGGUGCAAGUGUUCGGCGACAGCGAGGGUGGAGCGCCCCGGGCUCUUACCUCGCUCUCGGUGCUCCGGAUCACGCGCGUCUACACUGGGGAACAUUGGCAUGCUGCGCUUACUGAUGGGGGUCAAGUUUACACUUGGGGAAAAGGCGAUGGUUACCGUCUCGGUCAUGGAACACUAGAGUCUAUUAGGAUACCUAAAAUGCUGGAAGGUCUACAAGGUAUAAGAAUAGUAGAGUUAUCAGUGGGCGCGUCCCACGGUAUUGCGCUUUCCGCUGAGGGAGCGUUGUUUGCGUGGGGGACGCACGAACGAGCGCAGAUAUCUCGACCUGUGCCGCAGUUGCUACAAGUACUCAAUCCCUCUUUUAAAGCUAAUGGAGUAACCAGUGGACCAACACAAAUCAUAGUUUGGAGUGAAGAAAGCCCUAGAGAUCUGCCGUCUUCCAUGCCUUUCGUCAUAGAUUUAUCUGAUAGUACUUUCAAGUUUCUAGAAAGACUGUUAAGGAUAGCCGUAGAACAAAGCAGCUCAGCUACUAUAAAAGAGAACGAAUGCCUUGCGAUAUCUUGCCUAAAUCUUUUGAGGCUACAGGUACACGCAUGGCAAUGCGCGAAAGGCACAGAUCUUGAAGAUUCAACCACGGAAAGUGGGUCAUGGUGCGCUGGCGUUCAUUCCGCGCUAGUAGCGCUGGUAGAAGGCCGCGCGGGCCCGGGAGCCGCCGCCGCCGCACGCCGCGCCCUCGCCGCCGCCUGGCCUAUACUUCUACCCACGCCACAAGUGCGCGCGCAGCAUCUCAUUGCGCUACUGCCUCAAGGAUCCGUCCCAGCCAGCGCAGGCGCUAGAUUCAUGACGGAGCUACUCGUAUGGUCUCUUCUGGGAGGCGGAGGUUUACGAGACGCCCUGCGCAAUGCUCUACAAGCUCACUCCAGCGAUGCCUACAGCCAUUUGCAGCUUGAUACAGAUUACGACCAAGUAGACAUAGUGACUGGUCAACGCGGACCACAGACGGCCAGAGGAGAAGAUGUUGAUAGUUCUCAAGCCUGUGCUGAAGAAUAUCAACUAACCAACGCGACAUCUUCAGAGAAGGGAGCUUCCGUGCCUCUGAUGCAUUUGGUGAAACAUCUGAUUCGCAAUACGAGUUGUCAGACACAGAUGCAUAUAGCGGCUAUAAUAAGCGGCGAUACCAGCAAAGCUGAUGAUCCUAAAGGCCACGACACUGUUAGUCCUAGCUGCGAUUUGCUGAUACGAUUUCAAAGGCUGCUAUUCUGCGAGGCUAUGUGGUCGCGAGGCGGGCGAAGCACUCGAGGCGGGGUGCGGGCUCUGAUGACUCAAUACACGACAUUGUUAUCCGAUCAUGUUCAGUCCACGCUGAGUUCCUUCUGCCGCGCCGUGCAUAGAGCCAACAACGAACAACUUGUUGCCUUGUGUGAUGUUAUUGCUGCUGAUAUCGUGGGUCGCGUAAUAAGCGAGCUGGGUGCGUGGAUAUGCGCAUGCGCGGCCCGUUCCCCCGGCGCUCUUACCGACUCGGCCGCGUCUCUCGUAAAAAUCGCUCGCGCCUGUGACGAAGCAGUGCGUACGUUACCAUCCGCCGCUAAGCUAGACGCUGAUAUACUGGGAUGGCCUGGACUCGUGUCGAAAAGGCACCAUCGGAACAACAGUGUUAUACGCAAAUGCGACCUCCAAAACCACACAAAAGAAGGCGGCUUCUGGAUAAUAGUAGAGGGGCACGUGUUCGAUGUUGAGAACUUUGAGUGUGAAAACGCCAGUACGGUAGAACUUGUACGCUUGUUGCGAGGAUGUGACGCCACCUUACCCUUGAGUUGCGAACCACACGCUGCUUACAUCUCCAGGAUCACUGAAAAAUGUGUCGGCAUUUAUGCUGACCAGAUAUACAGCCAUAAGUGUCAUGAAAGCACCUCAAGCCUCCGCACAUACCACGUGCUAUCAUCGUGCGCAUUCAACAUUGCAUUAGGAGUGACACAGUGCGGCGCGCGGCUGGCUCGCUCGCUACCUGUACAGCAGGCGGAGCACGAGGCAUCGCCCUAUGUCAGCGCUGUGUUCCUUAGAGGAGGGCUGCAGGUAUCUCAACCAGCGAAUCCAUUCGAAGAAGAGAAAGCCGAGGCCCGCAGCGGUUCGUCUACUGGUGGCAACAGUCCUGCGAGUGACGCACCUAUGCCGUCGAGAGUCCCCCGGCCGCCGCCCCGAGCUAACGCUGCCAGUUCACCGAGAGCCGAAGCGCUGCUGUUUGCGUUAGCUGAGCCAAAGCUGCAUGAUCCUCUAGCACUACACCUGUGGUGGGCCUGUGAGCGUAGAGAAGGCUGCGCCCCGCACUUCCCGCCAGAACAUCCUCUAGAAGAACUUAGAAGAGCAUUGUUAGCUUCGUUACUGUUUCAUGCUGGCUUGAAGGAGCAUGCUUUAGCUACGGCUACUGCGGAAAUGGAGAAAGGUGAAGUGAAACUAUCACCGGCCAUGGCGGAAAUAGUUAAAGCUGUUCAGCAAAGCAAGUGGACGCUGAUGAGAACCAGACAACAACUAUCUAGAGGUUAUAAAGAGGUUUGCGCUGCACCUCUAGAACGUGCAAGAUUCCUUCUGCACGAAGUCCGAGCGGCGAUAUCCCCAGCUGUAACCGCGUUACAAUCCCGACCGCCCUCACGACGAUCUCCUACCGCGAAGAGAAUCUUCCAGAAAGUUAUGAGAGUGGCCAAGUCACCUAGCUUUAAUAAAUGUUUUGAAACCACAAAAGACUUGCGCAAUCGUCAGAACAGUCUAAGCAAAAGCAUGUUCAAAGCCACGGGUAGUUUAUUACAAGGCGACGCGUUACUUAUCAAAUCAUCCAUCGCGAAUGCAUGUACUAAAACACCAGAUGAUAUUCCCCCAUGUAUUAUAGUGGAAAGUUCUAGAAUUCCACUAGAUGGCUGUGGUGAUAUCAGCACUAAAGACUUAGUGAAUCAGCAAACGAAAUCUAAACUCAAAGCCAAAGAUAAACCUCUUGAAAAGGACCUGAAAAAUGCGUCGAACUUAGACGACAUGCGCAAUGAAGUGCGCGGUGACCACAGAGUAGAAAGAGAUGAUAUACUAGACAAAGACAAUGAUGAUAAAACACCUACAAACGAGCUCUCAAUAAGUUCCAUGAAUGAUAUGACAGAUAACUCCAUAUUGAAAGAGUCUAUGGAAAGUGAGAAACAAGUGAUGAUGUUAGCAGAUGAUCUCAAAAAUGAUCUCAUUAUGGCGGAUGAAGAGAAGGAUGACGAUAAUUCCGAGAGGAAUAAGUUUGUGAAUGCUUGGGUGUCUAAGCUCGCCUGUCAAGAAAAAGAUUUGUAUUGGAUGUUGGAAGAAGUGACGUCUGAGCAACAAAAUUUGACGACAUCUAUUAUCGACUUCGUUAUGACUGAAGAACCUUGUGAUAUCGAUAUUCUAAGAAGAGCGAUGUAUUGCCAGGUGCAGAGAGCAGAUAUAAGAAAAAACGGAUACAGUAUGAUAAACAGUAUUCUACAUUCGUCGCAGACUAUGUCUGAAAGCGUAAAGUACGCUGCGUUAACCGGCCUUCUCGGUGCUUGUAUGGCAGACUCGGUUCCUUACGUACCUCUAAAACCGACUAUACCUCUGUCGCCUCCACUAAAAGGCAUAGAAUCUGUGAUACCGUAUUCUAAGUACAUGGUACUUCUAGAAAGAUCUAAGUUGAUGGAUUUUGUAUUGAUCGAGUUAAAAGCUCGGGUGUUGGAAGGUGAACAUACCCAAUCUUUGCCGUUGAAAAUGAGCGCUAAUUACGGAGCACAUGCGUUGUUGAAUAGACCUUCUAGAGCUAGAUUUCUAAUAACACUGCUAUCACUUCUAAUAGAAGGGUGUCAAGGCCCAGAGUUAGAGCAAUUAAUAAAUGGUGGAGCUCUAAGUUCGUGUUUGACGUUACUCAAACAAAUUGGUGGUGAUACAUCACAGCAUACGUCUUUAAUUUGUCAUGGACUGAAGUCUAAAUCUGAAUGUUUAAUAAUUUACGAAGAUGAAAGAUUAGGAGCUCGUGCCAGAGGCGCGUCGCUCUCGGGACCAGAAUUAGCUUCGCUCAUGAAGAUUGGAACACGAGUUGUCAGAGGCAAAGAUUGGAAAUGGGGUGAUCAGGAUGGUGUGCCAGGCGGCGAAGGCCGUGUGAUCGGGGAGCUAGGUGAAGACGGGUGGGUGCGCGUGGCGUGGGACGCCGGUGGCACCAACUCUUAUAGGAUGGGCAAGGAGGGGAAGUACGACCUCAAGUUAGCUCGCUCGCCGUCACCGCCGCCGUCUGUUGACGAGACUGUGCAUGGAAACGUGGAGAACAACGUAGAAUACUGGCCAGUAAGCGAGGUCCGAUCCGCGUGUACGGGUGCCAUCCGCGCCUUAUGCGCGGGGGCUGGUAGUCCUCACACGGCGACGGGUGCGGUGGCGCGACGCAACGUGGCGGCGCUGCAACGGAGGUUGCUGACACUCGCGCAUGCGCAUGCCACGCCGCCGCCCACAGCCUUCGCUGCGCAUUAUCAUACUGCGCUUGCUCUGCUUAGAGCGAGCGCUCAAAGCCUCGAGAUGAGAGUAUCUCUGUGCACAGACUCGUGGUUUGAACUCUGCUACAGUAUUAUUUCAGCCGCUGAUAAACCUAUCACGCAAGACCAGAUAUAUCUGCAGAUCCAAGCUCUGUGGCUCCUCCGAAGAGUAUUAGUAGAACAUUGCGGUAGCGCGGAAUGGCGGCGGACAGUGGGCGCGCAGCUGCUAGCGCUGAUAGGCCGGCUGUGGCUGGAGACGCACGCCUGGGAUCCGGCGCUCCGACACCACCAUGCCUUCGUCGUCUCGUCGCUUGAAGAGGAAGUCGACAACAGAUGGCGCGCACCAGCGACUGCUAGCUACACAGGUGCCACCUGUGCUGCAUUAGUGCAACUAGUUCGUCAGUUGCACGCCGCGACACAAUGGCAUGCGCCUAUUACUUCACUGAUACUUGAGAAGAUGCAACUUGCGGCGCAGAUGGUAACAAGUGAAUGGCAUUGGUGGCCUCACACUAGUCAAGAUAUGACGCAAACAAUGAAGUCUACUCCGCCUAGCCUCGAGACGUGCCUUAUAGCGGGAGCGCUAGGAGUAGUAGGUGGAGUAGAAUGGCGUGUAAGACUGGGUUUGAGAGUAACCGCCGGAGCUCCUCCGCGCAAUGCCGUCGUCACGCAGUUCACGCCAAGAGCUAAAGUUACGUUAGUCCACGAUGAUAAUAGUGUUACUAAGACUGAACUAAGCGGUGUGCAGAGCGCAGAAUGCGACCGUCUCAUUCAACCACUGAGUGGCGGUGAGAGUGCUCUGAGAGUUUGCGCCGCGUUACUUGGGGCUGGGCCGCAAGCCUCUCCAAUGCACCCACAUCAUUUACCUGCGGAAUUAGACGUGUACGGCCUACGAAAGCAGCAAAUAGAACUACUGACUUUAUGCGCCGUUCGAGGGAUGUUGACUACUCGAACUCGUUUGAGGAAAGUUCUGAUGCAACCACCGGACAAUGCAAGUGUUAUAGAAAGAGGUGCACACGCCCUAGGAACAGAAGGCACUUUACUUCGUCGUCUUCUAGCGUUAGCCACUCGGCCGAGUCCAUUGGCUGCAUCGCAUACGCCUAAGGAAUUAGCGGCGGCUGCGUUGACCAUAGUCCAACAGCUAGCUGCUCACGUUAAUGGUGACGAUAAAGAUCACGAUUCCCCUCCUGAAAUGCCAAUCAUAGACAAAAGUAAUGUGAUGCAGUUAUCUACGGGACCUUCGACAAGCACAGCUUCUCUAUCGAGAAAAGACCUAAAUACUUGGGCGAAUUCUUCACAAGUACAACAUGUCAUUGAGAUGGGGUUCUCCAGGCAUGCCGUGUACGCUGCUAUUCAAGCCUUAGGUGGAACAAGUCUUCCUUCAGUAGAAGCUUUGGUAGCGUACUUGCUCGAGCUUCCACAGCACGGCAUGGAUGACUCCGUGUUCGAAGUAAAGUCGCACGCGUCCAAAUCUGAGAAAAAACAGAUACCAUACAGAUGGCGCAGUUGUUUCGCCUCCGAAGAAGAGUACGCUCAAUACUUAUCAGACGUCAUCACUCCGGGGAUGACUGUUCGCUGCUGUAAGGCUUAUGAAGGGGUUGCUUUAGGCGACGUUGGUCAGGUCCAGAAAGUUGAACGAGAUAUCAAACAGAACGUAUUUAUACAUGUGGAAUGGCGCGGCUUGGGUCGCAUAGCAGGUGUCAGAGCGGUACAUGCUGAAGUGGUCUCGGGCGGGCCACCAUUCGCUUCUGGAGACAGAGUGCGCGUGAGAGCGGCCGUCACCCAGCCUCGAUACAAGUGGGGAUGCAUCGACCAUACUAGCGUUGGCACUGUUACUGCGAUAUCCGCCAACGGUCGUGACUUGACGGUAGAUUUCCCGCAACAACCCGGCUGGACUGGUCAAGUCAGCGAAAUGGAACUAGUCACUGAUCAAUCGGAAUGGGGAGAAAACGCAGGAGGAACGACAGUGGGCUGGCGCGGCGCAAUACGGGCUGUACGCGUGUCGUCGUGUCGUCCCGGCGCCGGCGCGCGGCGUCUGUUAGACUCACAGCCGCAUACUUACUGGCAGAGCUCUAGUGGGACGGGACAGCAUUGGAUUCGCGUAGAAAUGCGAUGCGGCGUAAGGAUUCGCCGUUUAGGUUUGGGCGUACCAGGAGGUGUCCAUGGACCGGCCGCUUUAUCCGUGCGCGGAGGUACAAGCUUCGAUGAAUGCGCACUUGCGCCGCUGGCCGCCGUGCCCUGCGCGUGCGCUCCUAGAGACCGACCGCCCGCGCAGAUUCAGUUGCUGGCUGAUUGUAAACAGUAUUACCCUUGUAUAGAAAUAGGAAUAAAGCAGAAUAGAAACGUGAAUGCUGAUUGUCGAGUGCACGGUCUGUAUAUAACAGGCUUCCGACCUAAUCCGUUGUACACGGAUGUUUUGAUGAGUAUGAAUUUCGUGGCUGAAGACGUGAUGGAAAAAGACACUCCAACGGGGGCGGUGUCUGCUGAUAACAAUCCACCGUCUUUGCCUAGUGAUUGUCCUAAGGUGUACGUAUGGGGCUUGAACGACAAAGACCAGCUGGGCGGAGUAAAGGGAUCCAAAGUAAAAGUACCAGUAUUCUCAACGACAUUAAGCGCAUUAAGACCGGUGCACAUUGCGGGUGGAUCUAAAACACUGUUCAUUGUCUCUCACGAUGGAAAGCUAUACGCUUGUGGUGAAGGCACGAACGGUCGCCUAGGACUCGGCCACAGCAACAACGUAUCUACUCCUAGAGCGAACCCAUAUCUAUCUCAUGUGUUGGUGCGUCGCGUUGCUGUACAUUCUGGUGGGAAACAUGCGCUGGCUCUCACUGCCGAUGGGAAGGUUUACUCCUGGGGCGAAGGUGAAGACGGGAAGCUUGGACACGGAAACAGGAUAACUCUAGAAAUCCCGCGUCUAAUAGAGGCUCUAUCUGGAGAGCGCGUUGUGGGCAUCGCAUGUGGAUCCGCGCAUAGCGCCUGUGUCACCGCUAGGGGACACCUCUAUACUUGGGGCAUGGGCGAAUAUGGACGACUGGGGCACGGGGAUGACACUACUCAGCUGUUGCCUAAAAUGGUGGAAACAUUAGCUGGCUUCCGAGUUAUACAAGUAGCGUGUGGUUCACGCGAUGCUCAAACUUUAGCUUUGACUGCAUGUGGAAAAGUAUUUUCCUGGGGAGACGGCGACUUUGGAAAACUAGGUAACAGCAGCGAUCCACGAGAAACAUCUAUUGGACUGCUGGAUACAUUUCUAGGGCGGGGAGGUUCUGACGGUUGCGCAGUGCCUAUGAACAUAGAGAGAUUAAAUACAUUGGGUGUUGUGCAAGUCGAAUGUGGCGCUCAGUUUAGCUUAGCGCUCACUAGGGAUGGAGAGGUAUGGACGUGGGGUAAAGGGGACUAUUUCCGUCUGGGCCAUGGAUGUGACGCGCAUGUACGUCGCCCCACAUUAGUGGAGGCUUUACGUGGACGUCGCGUUGUCCACGUCGCUGUUGGUGCGUUACACUGUCUUGCUGUUACUAGCGACCAUCAGGUAUGGGCAUGGGGCGAUAACGACCACGGACAACAAGGCAACGGCACUACAUGCGUGAACCGACGUCCCGCUCUAGUGGCAGGAGUGGAAGGAGUACAGAGAGCCGCAGCGGGUUCCUCUCAUUCCGCUGCCUGGUCCCUACGGCCUGCUGCAUUACAGUCAGACGUUCAUACUCCUCAUACAGCACCACUGCCAUUUCCCACUCUCAAGGAUCCGCUUGGAGCGCAGAGCCUUGGUCUAUACUCAGAAGACCCGAUAAUAGAAGAACCACAAGGCCCGCGCCCAUCGCUUGCCGCUGCAGCCCUGGCUCUAGAACCACCAGUGGCUUGUCAACACGCACUUUCUCUCAUACUUCUAGCUUUACACAUAACUCAAGCUAGGAGUCUUCUUGUAGAGGCUCUAAGAGCUCAUGAAGCCACGGCAACAGCUGCGCCGGUGUCCGCGGGAAUAGAUGCGGAGGAAGAUGAUGUGGAGGCCGAUGCCAGAACUGGUGGUGGAGAGGCGCCGGCUGAUAGAGCUACUUUGCCUAGUGGUGCAAGCAGUCCGCUAAGUGGAUCGGUGUCGUCACGUCACUCCGCGGUGAUGUCAUCGAGCGCGGUAUCUGUUGCCGCCGCUACCAUGACUGUUCAACAAGCAGAGGCUCCUAAAAUGGUAUUAGACGAUUUCACUUCACAACUGGGUGAGUCGGAUGCGAGAGCGCUGGUGGACCUGCUGAAAUUAGCCGCAGCCGGACGAAUGCCGGAAUCCAACAAUGCUGUCAAAAUCAUCACUGAUGUUCUUAUGGCAUUAUGUAGCAGUAAGCCUGCAGUAGCGGACAUGGUGGUUGAAGUAUGUGUCUGUGAGUUGGAGGAGGCAUGCGCGGGAGGGGGUCGUGCGCCGCCGCAGCCUGUCACGGUGGACAGUCCACACCCCUAUGCUGACGACACUGACAUAUCAGGCGUGGUGAAAAUCCCCGGCGCGUCAUCUCUUCGUGUGGUCUUCGAACAGGGAUGCUCGACGGAGCGAAGAAACGACCCGCUUACCAUAUCGGAUGGAUGUGGCCGAGUGUUAGCCACGCGGUCCGGCCGCGAGCCUGCUGAUUGGGCUCAAGAGAUAAUUGUCAAUGGUGACGAGUUGCGUUGGCGUUUCACCAGCGAUGGAUCAGUCAACGGUUGGGGAUGGAGAUUCACUGCGCAUCCCAUAUUACCUUCACAUACUGCCGUUGAAAGUGGUUCAGACCGUUACGUGUUAUCCUGUCCUUCUGUGGAGUUAGCUUGGCGCUUGUUGGAUGGUCCACUACUAGCAACGGUGUCUAACGAUCACCAACUGGCGCCGCGAUUGGCUCAAGCUUUGGCCAUUUGUGCGCAAAUGCCUACAUUGUCGUGGCGCGCUCGAGUAUGGUGCGUGCGUCGUCUCCGCGGCGUGGUAUGCGGCAGCGGGGAAGCCCUAGGCGCUACUCCACCGGCAUUACAACAUUUACCUCAGUUGCUACAAGCUCAGUAUGAACAUGAAGAACCUGCACUUAGAACCGGCACUCAUCUGUUGCAUACUCACUAUUUGAAGGAACUAGCCUGGCUCGCGUGCGGUCUACGCAUGGACACGCGUGUCUGCAGCGGCCCAGACGCAGCGCGGUGGGUGUGGUUCAAGCGGUACUGCCUCUGCAUGCGGACUGCAGACGCACUGAUCCGUCGCGUGCCGUUACCCACGCCUUUCCUAGCUGACGUUAGAAAACGCUUGUCGGACUUGGGAGUGUACAAUGUGGAUGAUAAAGAGACCAUGACCGACGCUCAGUAUCCGUGGGAGGAUAAUAUCAAAUUUACGAGGCAGCACGACGAGCAAUUGCUGCAUUGGGUUAAUAAACGUCCAGAAGACUGGUCAGGCUGGUGGGGCGGCGGCUCCCGCGGCUGCGCGGUGUACGGGUGGGGUCACAACCACCGCGGACAGCUGGGCGGUGUAGAGGGCGCUAAAGUACGCACACCCACGCCCUGUCACGCGCUUGCAGCUCUCAACCCGGUGCAACUCGUUGGAGGCGAACAGACUCUCUUUGCUGUCACGCCCGAUGGGAAGGUUUAUGCUACUGGUUACGGGGCAGGUGGACGACUGGGCAUUGGAGGUAUCGAUUCCGUAUCGCAACCCACGUUACUGGCAUCAAUCCAACAUGUUUUCAUCACUAAGGUGGCAUGCAACUCAGGCGGCAAGCAUUGUUUAGCCUUGUCAGCCGAUGGCGAAGUGUACAGCUGGGGUGAAGGCGAGGAUGGUAAACUGGGACACGGCAACAGAGUAAGCUACGACCGACCAAAGCUCAUAACAGCGCUGUCAGGACUGGAAGUGGUACAAAUAGCCUGCGGUGGCGCACACUCGGCCUGUCUGACGGCGCGCGGGCGCAUCUAUACGUGGGGCAAGGGACGCUACGGACGCCUCGGACACGGGGACUCGGAGGACCAACUCGUGCCUAAAAUGGUGGAAGCAUUAACGUCGUACAGAGUCAUAGACGUCGCUUGCGGCUCCGGCGAUGCGCAGACGCUGUGUAUCACAGACGACGAUAACGUGUGGUCUUGGGGCGACGGCGAUUACGGCAAACUGGGACGAGGCGGCUCUGAAGGCUGCAAGAUGCCAAUGAGAAUUGACUGCCUGAAGGGACUGCGUGUCACCAAGGUUGAAUGCGGAUCUCAGUUCUCCGUGGCUCUAUGCCAAUGUGGCAGUGUUUACACUUGGGGUAAAGGAGACUACCAUAGACUGGGUCACGGCAGCUACGAACAUGUGAGGCGGCCGAUGCGCGUCACUGGAAUGCAGGGGAAAAUGAUUGUAUCUAUUGCAACAGGAAGUCUCCACUGCGUAGCGUGUACGGACACGGGUGAAGUGUACACGUGGGGUGACAACGAUGAGGGGCAGUUGGGAGAUGGGACCACACUCGCCGCCCAGAGGCCUCGACUGCUGAUGGCUCUACAGGGUAAGAGAGUGACGAAAGUGGCGUGUGGGAGCGCGCAUACGGUGGCACUGUGCGUGGAGGCGCCGCGUGCGCCGCGCCCGCCGCCUGCGCCGCCGCUAGAGUGCCAUCUGCUGAGGGAUAUGGCGCCGCAACUUAUUUGCAAUAGACUGGUAUUACUGCAUCAAUUCUCCGAACUGGUCUGCCCCAACUUGCCCCUUCUUAUCCUGGACGGGCCGUUAGACCAGCUGCGGAACUUGUUGUUUUACAGCGUGAAAGAAGGUGCUUUCAGAAAGGCAAUAAUGGCAACGAUGGUCCGCGAGCGUCAACACGGGCCAGUAGUAGAACUGUCUCGCGUAGCAGCUCGUCGUGCUCGGCGGGGAGGCGCGGGGCUAGCGGGCCCGGCGGGCAUGCGCUCCGUGUUCGGACAGAUGGUGGCGCGGCUCCCGGCGCUCACGCAGGACGCGCUUGCAUUACCGCAUCGCGUCUGGAAGGUCAAGUUUGUUGGUGAGAGUGUCGACGACUGCGGAGGCGGCUACAGUGAGAGCAUAGCGGAGAUGUGCGAAGAACUUCAGAACGGAUCGCUGCCUCUUCUGAUGGCCACACCGAACGGACGCGGCGACGCCGGGGCCUCUAGAGAUGCCUUCUUAUUGAACCCUGUCGCUAAUACACCUCUGCAUCUGAACUGCUUUAGAUUCCUUGGCGUCCUAAUGGGUAUCGCGAUUCGCACGGGGUCCCCCUUGGCGCUGUCACUAGCUGAAGGCGUGUGGCGGCAGUUGGCCGGCCAGCCGCUCAGACCACAAGACUUGGCAGAGGUCGACAAAGACUUCUUGCCCGCGCUGCUUUGUAUACGGGACAUGACGCCUAACAAUAAGGAGCUACAAAACUUGGAGUUACCGUUCUCCAUACCCUCGGCGGCCGGACACGAGGUACCAUUAUCUACGCGACACAAGCGAGUCACGCCGGAUAACAAGGACGAAUACGUGCAGCUGGCAUUGCAUUAUAGACUGCACGAGUUCGACGAGCAAGUGCGCGCGGUCCGCGACGGCAUGUCGCGCGUGGUGCCGGCGCCGCUGCUGGCCCUGUUCAGCGCCGCCGAACUCGAGACGCUCGUCUGCGGCUCGCCCGACAUACCCGUGCACGCGCUGCGAGCCUCUGCUACUUAUAAAGGUGUAGAACCAAACGCUCCACUAGUGCAGUGGUUCUGGGAAGUGAUGGAAGAGUUGUCCGGGAGUGAACGAGCUCUGUUCUUGCGGUUCGUAUGGGGCCGCACGCGCCUACCUCGGGCCCCGCAAGAUCCGCGGCAGAGGGACUUUGUACUACAGGUGCUCGACAAGUACCAGCCGCCCGACCACUUCUUGCCUGAAAGCUACACGUGUUUCUUCCUACUCAAGAUGCCGAGAUACUCCUGCAAAGCCGUGCUUCGGGAGAAACUACGGUACGCAAUCCACUUCUGCAAGAGCAUAGAUACGGACGAAUAUGCGCGCGUGGCUCUUAGCGCGGCUGAGCGCGUGUCUUCAGAGGAGUCAGACUCCGAAGACGCCACCACGCCGGUGCCCACCGCGCAACCACAGCCCGCGCUCUACACACUCACUAGAGCGCCCACAUGGCUCUAAUAAAUACGCAAUAACAAAGAAAAUGGGUUUAAGAUCUGAUUCAGAAACUGAUAUUAAUAAGUCAUUUUUAACAAGGUGAUAACGAACUUCAAAAUAUUGAAAGAAGAAAUUAUCAUAACCAUAUCUUCCGAAGUGUAAAAUUAAAUCCCAGUGUGUUAUCAGAAAUUACGUAAGUUUAUCGAGAGAACAUCCGUCAAAUUCGUCAUCAUCAAGACUCUAUUUUACGUAUGUUACUUUUAAAGUAGGGCGUCAAUUAACGGGUCUAAAUAAUUGACAAAUUAUUAUUAAAAUUCAUCGCAUUUUUGCUUUGAAUACUCAUUAUAAUCUUAUACUCGUUAUAAUGAUGAUAUUUAAUUAUACUUUUUAUACUCGAUGUUCGCGAUCUUGUAAAAGUAUAGGACUUCCUUAUAUUGUAAGUACGGCAAUAUAAGUUAAUGUUAUGAGAGCUUUGCAGCUUGAUUUCCAUUAUUGCAUUCCAUCCAUAGCGUAGUUUCUGAGAUAAAGGUCCUCCCAGUGAGUUGUUCAUGCUCGAGUUACAGAGAAAAUUUUCUCUUUUUUAUUACGAAUCUAUGUAGACAUAGAUUUCUGGGAGCUCCUAAGCUUGGCCAAAUGUAUGAAACUCUAAGAUGUAGGAGUAUGUCUGAACUAAAACAACGAUUAGGCAGCAUUGCCGCAUUCCAUAUUAAUUGUCGUGAUUUGUGUAUUUCUGUAAAACAUCUAAAGGAAACUAUGAAGUAUUCAACAUGUGGCGCUAAACGAUUUUGUUCCUUUGCCAAUGGGAGUUGCAAUUCCGUUACACUCAGAAGAAAAAUAAGAUUUGUAGAAAAUCAGAUGUAUUAUAAAAUGCAAUUAGAAUGAAUACUGUGAAUACCGACAGGGAUGUUUUGACGCGUGGCCAUAAUCGGAACUAACGCCGCAUCCUAUGAAAACAUAAUUUUUAACAGUUGCACACCAGCGCCCUCCUGUCAUAGUCAUCCGCGCGCUAAAAAAUUCUAAUUCUGUCUAUAACAAUGACUCUGUCAAGUCUACAGUAACUUGCCUAACUUUAUCUUCCUAAUAGGAUUGCAGCUCUUAUAUAGCUUACUCUUAUUUAAACAAACUAUACAGCCACAUUAAGAGCUAAGUCUUUGUAUUGUCAUAUUUGUGUACACUGAGAUUCGUGUUGAAUGUAUUGGAUGUUUGAUAUUAUAGAAUUAUCGUAUUUAUAUUAUAAAGUUGUUGGAAUCUUAUAUAGGCACUGGGUCGGUAACAGAAUUUUCAAUGUUUAGUCUGUCCUUUACUUUGCAUUUUAGAUAUACAUAACAUAAACAGCCUAUACACGUCCCGCUGCUGGGCACAGGCCUCCCCUCAUGAAACCGCAGGGGGUAUGGAGGGUAUUCCACCACGCUGCUCCACUGCAGUUUGGUGGAGGUAUUUUACGGUUAUAGCCGGGAUCAACGGCUUAACGUGCCUUACGAAGCACGGAAUCAUCUACUUUUUCGAACAAUCUGGCGAAUAAGGCCUGCAAAGUCCUGACCAACUAAGGAGAGUCGUAAGACCACCGUGAGGUGAUAUUAGAUAUGAUAUUAAUUAAAUCUGUAACAAUUACCAAUCAUAUCUAAAAGUGAGGUACUUAUAUGCUUAUAUAAUAUUAUAGUAAGGUAUGUAUUAUCUUUGAAUUAUGAUACAUACAUAUGAUAUUAAGACAGUUAUAGGUACCUAAAUAAAUAAAUGUUCUGUUAGCUGCAUUACAACCAAAGCAUGAGGUCUCGGACGACUUAUAGGAUUGCUUGCACAUUUCGUUUCUUUUGUGCAAAAUUCCGAUUUGUACUGUCUGGUUGAAGUGCUUUAUUUUAUUAUUACUUAUAAUAGGCACUCAUUAAUUUCGUGAGCCGGCCCAGAAUUAUGAACACCAUUUUAUAAAGUAUUGGGAGCGUACUGUGAUUGGUUGGAGGAUAUCUGAACUGCCUUGGAGUUAGAUAGGUUUUGUAAAUGAAGGUGCAUUUUAAGGAACAACUGAAAAGCUAGUCAUAUUGAUGGGAAUGUGUGGGGAAAUUCAUAUUAUGUACAUUAUAGUGUCCUUUCUCUGCAAAGUUGUUUUCUUCGUAUCACAAUCUCAAGUAGCGGGCUCCUACUUAAAAAUAACAAAUUUUUAUUCAAAUUUAAAAAUAGUUCCAAAUAUCAUUCUUCAGUUGUUUAAAAAUAUAUAUAUUUAGUUUCCUAUUUUGUGGAGUUUUUAUUUAUUAAAAAUAACAUUCUUCUACCUUUAUUUCCCUUGCAGAGAAAGGGUGAAACUAGUUCUUAUUAUUCUCAUUGCUUUGGAAACAUGUUGUAGAUUGUCUGCAAGUAUUUACUCAUAGCUCUAGAUCUCACUUUGCUAUAGUUAUCUACUCUUAUCAUUGCGAUUUGGUGCUAGUGCUUCAUUACUAGGUUUUAAAUUUUAUACUGACUUGUAGCACGCACAAUGUAGUCGAUAUGUGGUGUUAAUUUAGUAGCUUACAAAAGUUCAGCUUUUCAAUAGAUAAAUUCCAUAGUUUUUAAAAAUGUAUUACCAACUUUUCUGGAUUUGAUUAAUCAAUUGUUAUUAGUUACGAUUAAGUGAAUUCUAGAAUGUUAUCAUUUUCAAUAUUAACACCAAAGAAAAUUUACAAAUAUGCACUGGUCAUAACCAAGUCUGCUUUAAUUAAAAUACUGAAAGGAUAAGUUUAUAAUUUAUUAAUGUAUGUGAGUUAUUUAUUUUCUAUAUGCAUACAAAUAACAUCAAUAAAAUAAAGUAUUUAUCUAAAUUA